GAGGAGCGGGCGCCGCGGGGCCCGGCCAGGGCCGCGGCUGCGGGGCCCGGGCCGGGCGGUCCCCGCACUCCUCGCGGGCCCUCGGCCCUUCCCGCGGCUUUGUUCGCUCGGAGCCCGCCGCGGACACCCCUGGCCCGGGGAGCCGGCCGGCCCGGGCCGCAGACCCCGCGCGCGCCCGCCGGACGCUGCCACCGCGGCCCAGCAAACGACCAGUGUUAGUUCUUCAGAAUGAAGCCCUCUAUCCCCAGCGGCGGCCCUACACCAGCGAGGACGAAGCCUGGAAGUCCUUCCUGGAAAACCCCCUCACUGCGGCCACCAAAGCCAUGAUGAGCAUCAAUGGGGACGAGGACAGCGCCGCGGCACUCGGGCUGCUCUACGACUACUACAAGGUUCCCAGAGAGAGGAGGUCUUCUGCCGCGAAGCCGGAGGCCGAGCACGCGGAGCCGGAUCCCAGCAAGAGGAGCAGCGUGCCGAGCGUGGCCGAGCAGCCCCUCGUCCCCGCGGGGGAGAGCCGGGUGCAGGUGCUGAAGAAUGUGCCCUUCAACAUCGUCCUCCCCCAUGGCAGCCAGCUGGGCGGCGACAAGAGGAGCCACCUGCCGACGCCCGACACCACCGUCACCGUCUCCAUAGCGACCAUGCCCAGCCACCCCAUCAAGACGGAGAUCCAGCCCCACGGUUUUGCCGUGGGCGUCCCGCCGGCCGUGUACCACCCCGAGCCCGCCGAGCGCGUGGUGGUGUUUGACCGCAGCCUGAGCUCCGACCAGUUCGGCUCGGCCGCCGCCGCUCAGCCGCCGAACGCCCAGCGGCGCACCCCGGACUCCACCUUCUCCGAGACCUUCAAGGAGGGCGUGCAGGAGGUGUUCUUCCCCUCGGACCUCAGCCUGCGGAUGCCCGGCAUGACCUCAGACGACUAUGUGUUUGACAGUGUCGCUGGGAACAACUUCGAGUAUACCCUGGAGGCGUCCAAGUCUCUGCGACAGAAGCCGGGGGACAGCACGAUGACCUACCUGAACAAAGGCCAGUUCUAUCCCAUCACCUUGAAGGAGGUGAGCAGCAGCGAAGGCAUCCACCACCCCAUCAGCAAAGUCCGCAGCGUGAUCAUGGUGGUGUUCGCUGAGGACAAGAGCAGGGACGACCAGCUGCGGCACUGGAAGUACUGGCACUCCCGGCAGCACACGGCAAAACAGAGGUGCAUUGACAUAGCUGACUACAAAGAAAGCUUCAACACCAUCAGCAACAUAGAGGAGAUCGCGUACAACGCCAUCUCCUUCACCUGGGACAUCAACGACGAGGCCAAGGUCUUCAUCUCCGUGAACUGCCUGAGCACCGACUUCUCCUCCCAGAAGGGCGUGAAGGGGCUGCCGCUCAACAUCCAGAUCGACACCUACAGCUACAGCAGCCGCAGCAACAAGCCGGUGCACCGCGCCUGCUGCCAGAUAAAGGUCUUCUGUGACAAGGGAGCCGAGCGGAAAAUCAGGGACGAAGAGCGGAAGCAGAGCAAGAGGAAAGGCAAGUGUCCCGGCCCCGGCCAGGGCAGCGCCUUCUCGGACGUGAAGGCGCCGCUGCUGCCCUCCCACAAGCGGACCGACAGCACGGUGUUCAAGCCCUUCCUGGACCUCGACACGCAGCCCGUGCUCUUCAUCCCCGACGUGCACUUCGCCAGCCUGCAGCGGGGCGCUCACGUCCUACCCAUGACCUCGGAGGAGCUGGAGGGCGAAGGCUCCGCCCUGAAGAGGGGGCCGUUUGGCGUGGAAGAUGACUUCGUCGUCCCGCCUCCUGGCAAACUGGUGCGGGUGGAAGAACCCAAGAGAGUGCUGCUCUACGUCCGAAAGGAGUCUGAAGAAGUCUUCGACGCCCUCAUGCUCAAGACCCCAUCUCUGAAGGGCCUGAUGGAGGCUAUCUCGGACAAAUACGAUGUUCCUCAUGACAAGAUCGGGAAAAUAUUCAAGAAGUGCAAGAAGGGGAUCCUGGUGAACAUGGACGACAACAUCGUGAAGCACUACUCCAACGAGGACACCUUCCAGCUGCAGAUCGAGGAAGCCGCGGGCUCCUACAAGCUGACCCUGACGGAGAUCUGAGGGCCGGGCCGCGGAUCCCCCUCUGGCGCGUGGCGGCCUCGGGGAAGGGACCCGCCGAGCCGCAGGCGGAGCUGCGCGUGCGUGGAGACGGCGUCGGCGUCUUCCACGUGACGAAUCCACAUACCGUUACGUUUGAAUUUUCUCAUUUUUCUAGGAUUGAAAGUAUGAAAACUUUUUCCAAGAUUCCACAGACACUCUGGGAACCUUGAGCAUAUCUGCUACACUGCUUAUCCAAAUGCCGGGACGUCCACCAUGUCGCUCCAGCGUCGGGGCGGGGGCGGGGCCCGGCGGGGGCGGGGCGAGCUCGCUCCUGAUGUGGCCGUGUGCCCGCCCUGAGGUGACGACAUGCCCGCCCUGACGUGCCCGCCCUGACGUGACGACGUGCCCGCCCUGACGUGACCGCGUGCCCGCCCCGAGGUGACCGCGUGCCCGCGCUGACGUGUCCACGUGCCCUCCCUGAGGUGACCGCAUGCCCGCCCUGACGUGGCCGCGUGCCCGCCCUGACGUGCCCGCCCUGACGUGGCCGCGUGCCCGCCCUGACGUGGCCGCGUGCCCGCGGGCGGCGCACUCCCGAGGCCCGGCCGGCGACUCGGCGGACCUGACCGCCCCUCGGAAGAACGUGGGCGGGCCGCGCUAGGAAGUCGGUUCGGGGAAAGCCGCCUUGUAUAUAAGUGCAAUAUGUGUGUGCAGGUCCGUGUAAAUGUGUACAUACGUGUCUAUAUGAAUAGAUAAUAUAUAAACGUGGCGCCUGCGCACUGAGGCCGAGGUGGGGUCCCUCGCGCCCACCCCGCGGGGAGCCCAGAGGACAGAGGCCGUGGGCUGUGCACCUGCCGGGCGCCCACGGGGCCGCUGCGUCUGGGAAGCCGCCUCGGGUUCACCAGAAGGUGUCCUGUGGCGGGAACAUUCUGUACACAUGUCUAAAUACACAGAAUAGCGAAAAACGUGAUUUUAUACCAAGUCACAGGUAGCGCUGGGUCCCGGGGGCUAGCUUAGGUCGCUGGUAUGAGGAGCCUGGUAGUUGGGUUCUUAGGUUAAGAUACUCUAAUGAAGUAUGGGAGCUGGAUCGCUGGCUUUCUAAGAUGAGAUUUCGUGGGACACGGGUCAUAUAACAAUAUUUUAUAUUGUUUUGUGAAAUUGAUUUUGUCUUGUCAUUUUUGAUUGUAUCAUUGAAUGUGUACUUUAAGCUAAAGGGAUUAAAUUUUAUAUGUCCAUUUCGUAA